GUUGUUGUGCCGCUUUGUGGUGGUACUUGUGAUAAAAUGCCGAGUUGGGGUUUGCAUAGGUUCCAUGAGAGAUGUCAUGGAAGGCAUUGCAUUGAGACUUGUCGAAUUGUUGUCAUCAAGUUGUGUCAGUGUGGGAAGAUGAAGAUAGAGAUUUGGCGUGUGAGAGGAAGAGUCAAAGAUUGAGAAAUUAUGGACGGCAUGCUUGUAAAUGUAGGUGCUGUGAUGGGGACUGUCCACCAUGUGGAGAGAUUUGUGGCAAGAGGCUUCAGUGUGAGAAUCAUAAGUGUCCUGACCCAUGCUAGCGAGGUGCCUGUGCUCCUUGUACUGUCAUGUUUACAAUUUCAUGUGCAUGUGGAGAUACUCACUUUGAGGGAACUGCAUGAUUGUCCACAUUUAUGUCACGAGACAUGUUGUCCAGGUCAAUGCCCAUCACCUGACAAGUGCACCAAAGGUCUCUAUUCAUUAUCAAUGCCAAGCCUUGAAAAAGGAGAUGCCAUGUCAAGAGGGUUUAAGCAGUAUACUGCAAAGCAGGCUCUGAUCCCAAAGAUAUAUCUGAAAACCAUUUUGGACCUGAACUUCUUCCUUGGAAUUAUGCUUGCAAGAGUAAAGCACAGGUCGUGGAUCAGGAAUUGCAUUUGUGUAAAUCCAAAGAUUUGGAGGAAAAGGUUCCAGCUACUAAAAAUCAUGUACCUAAGCACCAAAAUCGGCGUGAACGACUGCAAGAGCAAAGAAGACCUCACAAAUGCGGAAGAUGCUGCCACUAUGAGGUGGCUUUUUCUAAUGGUCACCCUUGUGGUGACUCUGGUGGCAGCAGCAUAUUUUGGUUACAAAGGUCUCAUGUGGCUCUCUGAUUGGAUGGAUGAAGUUGAAGAGCAACGAGACAGAGAACCAUGAAUCUAAUCAUUGUCAAAGUCGUCAUCAAGUUACAUUGCUUGAACUCUGAUAGGCGUUUACUGGUUACCAUUUUUUUUUUACAACAAAUGGCUGUCUGGUGAAUGUACUGGGGGGUUUGUUUUCCUUGUUAGUAGUAGUCUUUCUGCCUCACAUACAAAAGCGGCGAGCAUCACCUGAUUUGGGCAAAAAAACAUGCGAUUGAUUUUGACAUGAAUUUGGAACAUGGAUGUGAGCAUGGACACAACCGGUAAUUCUGUCAAUACAUAUUUGAUUUAUGAAGCGAGACAUGAUUCUGGUAUUGUUGGAACUUGAUAAGAUGGAUUGUUUAAAGUUAUUUGUACAUAUUAGGUCGAUUUCAUGUGCUGUUGCAACCCAAUUUCCUGAAUGAUUUAAUUGAUGUGAUGCAGAUCUUUCUCUAUUCGGUGCAUCCAAGAAAAAGAGCUUUUUAGCAUCGGCCAAACUACUUGAAGAAUCAGCCAUUUGGCUCUCUCAUGUUUUUCCAACAAGAAGCUGGAUUGGUCUAAAGUUUUGUUCUGGACAAAAUUUACCAUUGAAACAAGACUGCAGGGACCAGAACGUGUCUGACUUGCUCUGUUUCUUCACUUUUUUCAGCCUUUCUUUCCUCCUAUCCAGGUAAAACGUCAGCAAAUGCAUGAAUAUAACAGAAGUUGUGCUUGGAUUACGGUCAACAGCAGGGAUAUAUUGGAUUGGAUCACGCCCAGAAGAUUCGAGUGGUGGUUGAAAGGUAGAAAAGGGAACUCCAAGGUGGUGUUUUUGCCUACGUGUGCGAGAGAGCGGGGAUGACAAGGCGAGAUGUUAUGGUUUGUAACAAAAUCAAAUCAAAUCAAUUACUCCUCGCUCGUGUUUUCAAUAGAUAGAAUCAGGGUGAGCUGCUGUUAAACCCUAUCGGAUCUCAAAAUUAAUUCCAAAAUUCACAAUUGCAAAUUUAA